AUGCCAAUCAAACCGGGAGUUUUGCAAACCUUAGAGUUCUCGGAGGAUUCAGAUAUGAAAUCUGGUCAACGAAUAGUCGUAUUGGGAUAUGCGAGAGGUAUUAAGUGUUUGAUGCCGGGAACCAUUAGUUGUUUAGAUCAGCCAUCAGUGGACACGUCGCGAGGAUUUAAUCGUUAUUAUCAAUUAGUACUGAAUCCAAAUCGCAAUUAUAUAACCCAUACGGCAGAGCACUCCUCAGGCUUUUCGGGCGGACCCGUAAUCAAUAUGAAUGGAAAAGUGGUGGGCAUUGCAGUCGUCGGAGAAAGCGGUUCACACUAUGCCGUACCCGUCGAUGAACUCAAGAAUUUUAUUAAAAAAGGAAAGGAAUUUGAGAGUAAAGAACGAGAAAAUAGAUAUUCGUGUAAAAACCGAAAAGCAUUGGGAGUUGUGUUGCAAAAGGAGGCGAACAAUGGUUUCAAAGUUAUUAAAUUCACACGAAAUAAUCACUUCGAGACGUCGGGAAAACUGUUACCCAAUGACUAUAUAACGCAUGUGAACGGCGUUUUGUUAUUGACAUCAAAGCAAUUGACUGACACAUUGGAUGAUCUAAAACCGGGACAAACCAUCAAAUUUAAAAUAAGUCGAAACCAUACCGACGAUACUCUUAACAUUAAGUACGAAGACAUUGUUGGUUUAGAUUCGUGUAUUAUGUGGCGGACGUACACCACUCGCAACGACAUGACUACUCCGCCGCCCUAUGAAGAGGGCUAUCAAGAGGUGCCCACCGCUAAAGAGGGCGAAGACGAGGCCAACGGCGAGCCCACAGCCGCCACAGGUAUGCGUCGGCGUCGCAACCGGUACUCCAAUAACGACGCGAAUCUCGUGGAACAGUACCUCCGGUACGGCAUACGACCCGAUUGGCUGCAAAUACACCGAGUGCUCAGCCAUCGGAAACAGAGGGGGAAAAUCAAUUAUACGAUUAAAUGGCGCGAACUGUCGUACGAAGAGGUGACGGUGGAGUACGAGCCCGACCACUGCCCCUUCGAUAUUCCCGAUUACGCUAAGAAAGUGCAGGACUAUUGGGAUCUCAGGGAACUCGUCGAAGAGGAGGGAAAGGCCGAGAAGAGGAGUCGCGAGAAGGAAGACAAACGCAAGUCCAAAGACAAGGAGUCCAAGAAGAAGGGCAACAAGAAGUACGACCCGAAGAAGAAGUGGGAGAAGCAGCCGGAGUUCAUACCGGAGCCCCUGGAACUGCACCCCUACCAGUUGGAAGGCGUCAAUUGGUUGCGCUAUUCGUGGGCUAACAAAACCGAUACCAUUCUGGCCGAUGAGAUGGGUUUAGGAAAGACCAUUCAGACCAUUGUGUUUCUGUACUCGCUGUACAAAGAGGGUCACCUGAGAGGUCCGUUCCUCAUAACAGCCCCUCUCUCGACAAUUAUCAAUUGGGAGCGAGAGUUGGAGGACUGGGCGCCGGACUUCUAUGUCGUGAACUACACGGGAAACAAAGACAGCCGUAUUGUGAUACGAGAGCACGAGUUGAGCUUCGACGCGGACGCCGUCCGGUCGGCCACCAAAGCGACCAAAAUGCGUAAACACGUGACGCCUAAGUUUCACGUGUUGCUCACGUCCUACGAGUUGAUUAACAUGGACUCAGCCCUCUUGGGCUCAAUCGACUGGAAAGUGCUGGUCGUAGACGAAGCGCAUCGACUCAAGAGUAAUCAGUCCCUGUUUUUCCGUACACUCAACGCCUAUCACGUCGACCAUAAGCUACUGUUGACCGGAACACCGCUUCAGAACAAUCUCGAAGAGCUGUUCAAUUUGCUGAACUUCUUGAGUCCGCACCGCUUUGAUGAUAUGGAGGGCUUCCUCAACGAGUUCGCAGACAUCGCCAAAGAAGAACAGGUGAAGAAACUGCACGACAUGUUGGGUCCGCAUCUCUUGCGUCGACUCAAAGCCGAUGUACUGAAGAACAUGCCGUCGAAGAGCGAGUUCUUGGUUCGCGUCGAUUUGGCGCCGCUUCAGAAAAAAUACUAUAAAUUUGUUUUGACGCGAAAUUUCGAGGCCCUGAACGUGAAGGGCGGCGGCAAACAGGUCUCGCUGUUGAACGUAGUGAUGGACUUAAAGAAGUGCUGUAAUCAUCCCUAUCUGUUCCCAACCGCCCAAACGGAAGCGCCCAAAACCAAGUUUGGUUACUACGAGGGCAGCGCUCUCGUCAAGUCGUGCGGGAAACUGAUUUUGCUGCAGAAAAUGAUGCGCAAACUGAAGAACGAGGGCCAUCGGGUGCUCAUCUUCUCGCAGAUGACACUUAUGUUGGAUCUGUUGGAAGACUUCUGCGAAUUCGAGGGUUACAAAUACGAACGCAUCGACGGCUCGAUUACCGGUUCCAUACGUCAGGACUCUAUCGAUCGGUUCAACGCUCCCGGAGCUCAACAGUUUGUGUUCUUGUUGUCGACCCGAGCGGGCGGUUUGGGCAUCAAUUUGGCCACCGCUGACACUGUCAUCAUCUAUGACUCCGAUUGGAAUCCACACAAUGAUAUACAGGCGCUGAGCAGAGCUCACCGCAUAGGACAGGCCAACAAAGUGAUGAUCUAUCGGUUCGUCACUCGCGGCUCCGUUGAGGAGAGGAUAACGCAAGUGGCGAAGAAGAAGAUGAUGUUAACACAUCUGGUGGUGAGACCGGGAAUGGGACAGAACAAGAAUCAGGCGGCGAUGUCUAAGCAAGAGUUGGACGACAUU